UGUUUAUAAUGCCUCGAAGGUUAAUACUGAAUAAAUUUUGUCAUCUCUUGUAAUAUAGAAUAUUGACAGAGAUUUGGAUCACUUUGUAAUUGAAAACUGAAUAUCAAUGCCUUUGUUAGCGAAAAAAGGUUCGGAUGAAAGAAGAGCUCAAAUCAAUAGUUCUGCAAAGAAUACGUUAAGUACUGCCAAUACAUCGGCUUCUUCUCGAGUGCUGUUAAGUCCGCAAAGUCAUGAGGCAAUGCUCGACACGGGUUUGGGUGUCUUCAGCACCAGUACUCCUCCUCUUUCCAGACAGAGAAGACAUUCAAAACUACAUUUAAGGGUUGCCUCAGAAAUCAGGGUUGAUGUGGAUCAGGAUUCUGGUCCACAAAACACCGUUAAUAAGGAUCGAUACAGAAUUGUAAUCAUGGGCUCCAGUGCUGUGGGAAAGACUGCAAUUGUUGAGCAAUUCCUUUACGGUUCCUUUCCAAACACCCAUUCGGCCACAGUUGAAGAAUUGCACAAAGGAGAGUAUGAAGUGGGCGGAGGGGGUGUAAUACCAUUGGAAAUAUUAGACACGAGCGGAUCGUUUGAAUUUCCAGCGAUGAGACGACUGGCCAUCUCUGCAGGAGACGCUUUUGCACUCAUCUAUGCGAUCGAUAGCUCCGAGUCUUUUGAAGAAGUGAAGCGAUUGCGCGAAACCAUACUUCAGGUGAAGGGAGACGUCUACUGUCCGAUAGUAGUCGUCGGCAAUAAAUCUGAUUUACCCGACGAUACCCGAGCCGUUAGUAUAGAGUUAGCGGAGUGUGAAUGCAUUGAUUGGGACCACGGAUUCGUCGAGUGUUCGGCAAAGAAUUGUCAAAAUAUUAUCAAUAUAUUCUCUUCGAUGUUAAUUCAGGCCAGACUUAAGGGCUGUCUAAACGUCACCCAAAUCCUAGCCUCCAACUCAUCCAAACAUUCACAUCAUUCUCGAGAUCGCAAUCAUGGAAGUGAAGGCAAUCGGACGCAUAACCAGCGCCGGCGUUCAAGUCUUCCCAUAAGCCAACUCUUUCAUCGAUCCCAACCUCCGCUCUCCGGCUUAGGUCAACACCAGAGUCGAGACAGAGAUAGCAUUGCAUUUCGCAAACGAAACAGUUGUACUCCUUCUUAAGCCAUACACUUUAUUGUUGACAAAACACUUUUCAGCAAUCAUUGCGAUUAGCGUUUGUUUCGUUUUAUAUCAAUACAUAAAACGACAAACAUUU